CUUUUUUUUUUAUGUUUUCUUGUGGUCGACAUUGCGAAACACAGUCUCGCCCUCCUCCCCCUUCUCGCCUUCAUCUCACAACAUAUCCACAAUGACCGACCCAGCCACCACCCCGCAAACCGCGCCGGACGCAAAGAUCGACCCCGCGGCCUCCCUCCGCUACUGGAACAGCGUGCCCGCCAACGCGAACGUGAUGCUGGGCAUGCUCGGCCAAUACCCCUGGUACACGCGGAUCGACCUCCGGGGCUCGAGGACCUUCCUGAACAAAGUCCGCCGCCUGAUUCCCGACUGCCCGACGGAGGGCAAGCUCGCGCGCGGGGUCGACUGCGGCGCGGGCGUCGGCCGCGUCACCGCGGGCCUGCUCGCCCACGUCUGCACCACCGUCGACGCCGUCGAGCCCGUCGACAAGUUCAUCCAGCUCAUCCGCGACUCCUCCCUCAAGCGCGACGGCGUCGUCGGCGACAUCUACACCUUGGGCUUGGAGGAUUGGCACCCCGACAAGCGCUACGAUCUGAUCUGGACGCAGUUCUGCGUGGGCCAUUUGACCGAUAGGCAGCUGGCGGAGUACUUUGUCCGGUGUCGCGGGGCGCUGACGGAGACGGGCGUGCUGGUCGUCAAGGAGAAUCAGUCGACGGAUCCCCGCGGGGAGGAUAUGUUCGAUGAGGAGGAUAGUAGUGUGACGCGCACGGAUGAGAAGUUCCGGGCCCUGUUCAAGGACAGUGGGCUGGCGGUGGUGGCGUCGGAGUUGCAGUUGGGGUUCCCCAAGAAUUUUCGGCUGUUGCCGGUCAGGUUUUAUGCGCUGAGGCCGGUUUGAGUGGUUACCCUUGGGCGGGGUUGAGAAGGGAUUAUGAAGGGUUUGGGUGAAGGGCAAAGCAUUGAGGUGGUUUCUCGGCUUGAAGGGGAGCUGGGAUGGUCACAGCUGACUGGGUAGAGACGGUAAUUGUCGACAUCAGCCGAUC